CAGAUUUCGACGAUGGCGUUUUUCCCGCAAUGGGAUGACGAUGAGUGCAUGGAGGCACUGUACAGCUCUAGCGCAGUGUUCGACGACAAGAUGCUUCACACAUGGAAGCCCGCCGUGCAUUGGACUGUUCGCGGCCAAACAACCGACAGCUCGAAGGUCUCUACGCUCAAACCGUCCUUAUUGAUCCAUCACGAGUCCCUCGCUCGUCGCUUCGUCCGCAAAGGCGUGGAGCCCGUGCCAUUAGUGAUCAACCAUGUCGUGUCGAGUAUGAUUCGGGACAAGGAUUUGCUUCACCUCAACGAGUUUCAGGCCAUGUGCGAGCACGUGUCGUUCUCGAGGUGGCUAUUUCGGACAGCCGUGGUCACUCCCGCACGAUGGGGUCUCCAUUCUCUGCAUUCGUUGUGGAGCAACGACACAAGCAACUCCUCUUCCGUAUCCUCGACGCCCAUCCCUCCCGGCCCGUAUGUGUCGAUGGCAUCGCUGGCCGCCGUCAGCGACGCGAUCGUCCAUUUCGUGACGUCUGAACUGGAGCCGUCGGAGCGGACGUUCUGCUUGAGCCAGGCCGACCAUGUCGCAUGUGGACCUCGUCUCAGCUGCUCGUUCCACGCGCUUUGCCUUCGAGUGGCGUUGUUCGAUUCGUCGGCCGUUGCGUCGAUUCUUCAACACGUGGCACCGAUGGAAUAUGAUUUGAUUGCAAAGUACCUCGUCUGGGCCAAGCUCGCCGUGGUGCGAGGCAGCUUUCUAAAGAUCGACACCCCAAAGCACGGGCGUGUUGUUGUCGUGGAAGAAGCUGACGAGAGCCUGCUGCUGCUCCAGCACAUGAUUGCCACAUUGGAAACCUCGACGACAAAGCUGCAAGCCAAGAUGGACGAGACAAAAGCGAAAGCAAUUGCUCAGAAACGAGCUCAGAAAACGUCGGACGCCGUCGUGUACUUGCGCCACUUGAAAGCGCUGGGCGACACGUUGGCCCAGCGACAGACGGGGCUCCUGAAUCUCCUCCACACAGAGCACCAACUGCGAGACAUGCACGUGCAAGCAUUGGUCGUGGAAGGAUACAAAGUGGCCUCUCGUAGCUUGCGCUCGGUGCGCGACUCGUUGGGGCUCACGGCGGAUGCCGUCGACGACGCUGUCGCAGAUUGGCAAGUCGUGCUGGACGAAGCGACCCAAGUCGACGCGUUGCUGUCGUCGUCAUGUAUAUAUUCUUUCAAUUCUUUCAAGUUCAAUCCCAAGUGUGGGUGUCGUAGCGCUUGGCGUCGAGUUUGACGACGAAGCAUUGCUUGCCGAAUUCGAAGCCCUACAUGAGGAGCCAAAGGCGGCACCACCUGCCAGAGGACAAGAAGAGGCCGAGGUGCCGAUGCCAUCAAAGAGGGCUGCUGCUACUUCCAACCGAGAUGGCCAUCGAGACGAAGUCCGUGCCCUCGAAGGCCUCGUAGCCCAGAUGACUGUCUAAACUGAACAUUCGAUUACGGUGUAUGUUAUGUGUGCGUGCUCUAUGGCUACUACUGGUGGUGGCAUGGCUCAGGCAAUGUGAAUCUUGAUGCCGCGCCGAAUCUCACCCCACCCAAUCAGCCGCCAAUGCUUAUCGAUCCGACGACUCAACGCGAUCUUCUCGCCUUCUUGUGUGCACACGGGCUGGGUCAGCACGAUCUUGGCCAGAUCUGCCCUCAUCGCCAAAAUCUUGGCGCCGCUCGUAGUCGACCCGAUGUUGAUCAUGAGCACUUCGGUCUUGGUUAGCUUCUCCACACGCAAGCCCUUGGACCCUUCCGUCGUUUUGACGCCGAGAAGACGCCGGAGAAGGUAAAAGUUGAUCUCGAGCUCUGUGAACACGUCGGGCAAACAGCCCUUGAGCCCCAGCACUUGGCCGACCAAACGAUCGGAACGAGUGAGCGUCGGGUCGAUGAGUGUGCCGACCCCGAUGAGACCACCGGGCACGGCGUACUGCAGGUCGUUCUUCUCGGCCUUCAACGACACGAUGCGGCUGAAGAUGGGCGUGCAGUUGACCUUGCCGUCGUCGUCCUUGGAGAAGAUGCCAGGGCGCACCUCGAUCUCAUCGCCUAGGCGAAGCACCCCUUGCAAGAUGGAGCCGCCGGCGACGCCGCCUUCGAGGGACUCGACGUCCUGGCCGGGCUUGUUGACGUCAAACGACCGGAUCACAAUCAGCUUGGGCUUGCUCGUGAAGUCACGGAGGGGGAUGGGGAUGUUGCGCACAAUGUGUUCGCACACCAAGUCGAUGUUGUACUUGAGUACGGCCGAGAUCGGAAUGAUCGGCGCGUUCGCGGCCACGGUGCCGGCCACAAACUGCUUCACCUGCUCGUACUGGGCCUUGGCGGCGUCUGGUUUGAUCAGAUCCACCUUGUUCUGGAGGAUAAUGAUGUUUUGCAAGCGCAUGAUUUCCACUGAGGCCAAAUGCUCGGACGUCUGCGGCUGCGGGCACACUUCGUUCCCUGCAAUCAACAGCAGCGCAGCAUCCAUGACAGCGGCACCGUUCAACAUCGUCGCCAUGAGGAUAUCGUGGCCGGGACAAUCCACAAAACUGACGUGGCGCUGAAGGACCCACGUCACACCCUUGUCGUCCGUGAAUCUGUCGGGCUUGGAACUGCCAAACGCAGUGUACAUGGGGCCGGCAGGGGCGGCCGUCGCCACGACGCCGUCUUCCGACGACACUGGCUUGGGUGUCUGUGGUUCCGAUCGGUAGAUCUUGGCAUUUGCGUACCCGAGCUUGAUCGUGAUGUUACGUUCCAAUUCGUUCUUGAAUCGGACGGUUUGGACGCCCGAAAUCGCCUUGACGACCGUGGAUUUCCCGUGGGCGACGUGGCCGAUGGUACCAACGUUGAUGGUCGCUUGACGAGAGAUCACUUCCGGCGUCAGAGGCGUCAAGGUCUUGACGUCCAGCGUCGUCAAGUCCUGCACAGCGAGGGCGCCCUGCGUCGUCGUCAUGAUUGCUGAAGAUCAAGUUCUGGCCAAGCCCCACCUCAACCACUGAAAUGCCGACUAAGGUCAAA